CUCGCGGCGGCGGGCGGCUUUCUCGGCUCGGGCUCCUCGCGCUUCUCCGCGGCUUCGCCUCGCUCCUCUCCGGAGGCUCCCGCGCCGCGCUGGCCAGGACGGCAUUGUUACAGGGAGCCUCUGGGAGUUCCAGGGUGAAGAGAUCUUCUUCAUCUGGAGACCUCUGCUAAAGGUGAAGACCUCCUAACAGGCCAGACAGCCUUAGCAGGACUCAGAAAUCAUACAUCAAGAACCCCCUGGAACAUUACAUUCCCCUGUUAAGAGCUUGGACAAGAGUCUGGCAUUCCGCUUUUGCAGAUUGCUGCCGGUAGCGGAGCGCAGAGGGAACGGCGAGACUCCCACAUCUUUCAGCGAGAAGAAAGGAGUCAGCGGAGCAGACUAAUACGGACUUGUGUCGGGUGCCCUUGCCCUACAAAGGCUGCCUUUAAAAGAGAAACGCAGUGUUAUUUAAUGAGCUGUGAGAUGAGGCACUGCUGCUAACGCUCAGAUCCCAGGAUUCAUCGGCUAUUCAUUGUGCUUAAUGUACAUGUUUCUGCACCGUGCAUUUAGGAGAUCCCAGAGAAGAAUCCAAAACGGCUGCGGGGGAAAGACCACCAAACAUGCCUACAGAAACAUUACCGACAGGUAGCAUGGUGAAGCCGGUCAGCCCUGCCGUGACUUUCACAUCCGCUGUUCCUCUCCGCAUCCUGAACAAAGGACCUGACUAUUUUCGCAGGCAGGCGGAGCCUAAUCCAAAAAGACUGAGCGCAGUGGAGAGGCUAGAAGCCGACAAGGCAAAAUAUGUCAAGAGCCAGGAGGUCAUCAAUGCCAAGCAGGAGCCUGUGAAGCCGGCGGUGCUGGCGAAGCCACCGGUCUGUCCUGCGGCCAAGAGAGCACUGGGAAGCCCCACCUUGAAAGUCUUCAGCAACAACGCAAAGACUGAGAGUGGCGUCCAGAGGGAAAAUCUGAAACUUGAGAUUUUGAAGAACAUCAUCAACAGCUCUGAAGGCUCCAGCUCAGGUUCAGGGCACAAGCACGGUCCCCGAAAUUGGCCACCCCACAGAGCUGAUUCAACAGAGCUGAACCGACACUCAUUUGCCGAAUCUUUGAAGGUUUACCCCACGCAGGGUCGUAGCAGCCCACAGGAGAGCAGCUCCAACGUCAGCAGAAGGCUCCUAGAUCAAUCGGCAGAGACUUUCUUGCAUGUCUCUCACAGCUCUUCAGAUAUUAGGAAAGUAACUAGCGCAAAGCCCUUAAAAGCAAUACCCUGCAGUAGUUCAGCCCCACCUCUGCCUCCAAAGCCCAAAAUCGCUGCCAUUGCCACCCUGAAAUCCCCAGAGAUUGAGGCAGUCGAGUCUGGAUGCGGAGUUAGUAGAAGACCCUCCCUACAGCGAUCAAAAUCAGACUUAAGUGACCGAUACUUUCGCGUCGACGCAGAUGUGGAACGAUUCUUUAACUACUGUGGACUGGAUCCUGAAGAGCUUGAAAACCUCGGGAUGGAAAACUUUGCAAGGGCUAACUCUGAUAUUAUAUCCCUCAACUUUCGCAGUGCAAGCAUGAUUAGCUCAGACUGUGAACAGUCUCAGGACAGCAACAGUGACCUUAGAAAUGAUGACAGUGCCAAUGACCGUGUGCCAUACGGCAUUUCAGCCAUUGAAAGGAAUGCCAGAAUCAUCAAGUGGUUAUAUAGCAUCAAGCAAGCUAGAGAGUCACAGAAAGUGUCCCAUGUGUGAGAGAGAAAUCCACCAUAGAAAAAACAAGGACUGUAUCUUUGUCUGUGAAUAUUCAGUUUGUGAAGGGUUGUGAAGUCUACUUGAAGUCUUGUACCCUUCUCAAAUCUCUUUGUGUUGCUUGUUGUGCAAUGUUUCCAAGUUGCAUGCCUGUCAACAUGUGAGCUGACCUGGCUUCCACUUGAACAAUAACUAACUACAAAGCCUGGCUGAGCAUACACAUUAACUGCCAAAAGUUUAAGACAAGAAUCUGAUUAGGGCUUCAGUAUAAUCAAAGUGUUUACAUGGAAAGGUUAUAUGACUUCUUUGGUAUUUAUGUGGUUCCUUGUGGAUUUUAUAUAUGUCACUUUCUGUCUUAAUACGGAUAUUGUCAACUGAUGUUACUAGUUUCUAAGUUGAAACAGAAUCCCUUUGGGGGGGGAAGAAAAGCAAAAUUGGCCAGAAAAAAGAGGUUUAGGCAUAUGACGAUAGGCACAGCGGCCUUAUCUCUUGUAGAAAGUGCAUUAUUGGCACAUGAAAGCUGUUUCUAAAAGGCAAAGAAUGCUAUGUUCUUAAAUUAUGUAUCAUUGUUAAACUAUAUAUCCCUACUUGUAGUAAAGCUCUAUUCUGUAAAGGUUUCUUUUUUCUAGGUAAGUUCCCUCCGUUUUACAGCAGAAAUAGUCUAGUGAAUCUUCUUGACCUCUCAUAAACUAAAUGAGUCUUGCAUUUGGGUUGGUGAAAGCAUUUUUAAUGAUUUUGUAUUAUCCCUGUUGGAAAAGCUUAAAGAAGGUCAGAGUGAACAGACGGCGCAGGUGUGGGAUUUUGUGGGCUUAAUUUUUACUCAAAGAUUCCUGGUCUUAAACUUUUGACAGGAAUAAUUAGAUCCUAUAGCUGAUAUUGAAUGCCUUUAUUAGUCAAAACACAUCAUGACUACAAACUCCAUGCUGUCUUUUAAUUUUUUUUGUAGACCUAUUUGAACAGUUAAUGAACAAAAAUGGAAACACACAGCCAUAUCAAUAUAACGCCUCCUAUUCAGAAGUAAAUACACUCAGUAGCUGAACUAUAUCUGAAAAAAUGUGAUUAUGUUGUCUUGCAUAUGUUAUAUCUAAGGCUGUGAGGGUUUGUUACAGCUCUAGGAAAGUGUAGAAACAUGACAGUAUGUAGCUUUUUUCUUUUUUUUUUUUUUUUUUUUUACCUCUUUAACAUGGUUAGUGCUGCAGAUCAACCUGUUACAAAUCUUUUGACAAUCUGUGUCUUCCCAGUGGUUUAAUGAACUGUCAUUUCAACUGACAGUGGUGGUGUGGUAGUCGAGAAGUUGAAAGUACAGUGGUCUGCUUCAUUAUUAUUGUAUACAUGCUUUGAAGUAAAUUGCAGCACUACCUUAUACUACAUCAGCUAAUAGGAAACUUUUUUAUUGUGUAAAUGCUGUAAGACUUUGUAUAUACUUUAGUUGUUACGAAAUCUUUAAAAGGAAGAGUGUUAUGCUAAUAAAUAGCUCCUGGUGCAGGUAUGGUAGGUUUUUUGUUCUUUUUUUGACCCCUUCCAUUCUUAAAACUAUAUCAGGAACUCAAUUGCAGUGUCUUUUAGUGCUGUAGAAGGUCUUGGUUAAAUAAUAGUUCCAGUAAAAGGUUUCUUUUACUAAAGUGCUUUUCAGAAUAUAAUUUUUUAUAAAAUAACUAUAGCAGCAUGAUCUGUCUGAAGAACUAGAAGAGGUUUUCAAGACUCCUAAAAUAGCUUGCUUCUUCCUUACCUAGCAAUGUUACUGUUCCCAUUUAUAGCAUCUGUUCAUAAUGAAUCACUGCAGUCUUCUGAAUUAUUCUUCAGUAGUGCUUAUUUAUAUAUUUGAAUAUUAAAGAUAUUUUACAAAGUCGGGUUCUAUCUUUUCUCUAAGAAGCCUGUAGCCCAACUUCUUACAGCUACAGUUAAUGCAGGCAAGACUGGAAGUGGAGCCAGGUAGUCGUUUGUUGCCUAUGGGAUUAUCCCGCAUCCAGUUUUAAAUAAGUGUUCUCCAAAGGAUUGUUCAUGAAGGGGGGAAGCACACAUUCAGUUUCAGGAGGCCAUUCUAUGAUUUUUACAGUUGACUUCACAACCUAAGACUUACAACAUUCCUAGCUUGGACAAAAAAAAUGAGGAGCUCUGUAUUUCAGCUACAGGCACAUUUGUGACAUUUCAAGCUCCAUGGAUUUCAGUUGGCAUUGACAUCACACUGGUUUUUCAAGCAUAUUUUUCCAAUAGUAAGUUCUACUCAGUUCAGUGACUAUUUUGCCAAGGAAAAUAAUGCUUAAGGGAUUAAAGCCAAGUGUAAUGCAGCUGUACAGCAAUGAAAUAAAGAAGUUAAAACCAAAA